AAUAUUCACCGAAAUCAAGUAGUUUUGCGAAAGACAUAUUUCAAUGUUACCGAAUCGUUUUCGAAUUUCCCGUACAGCUUAAAAUGGCUAGUCAAACGAAAAUGUAUCGAACGUCGCGAAUAAUCGAGCACGAUUUAACAGUGCCCCUGCCGAAAUGCAUGUACCCGCUGAAAAAUAUCCACUCCAAAGACACGGGCAAAGAAAUGGCCCAGGAGCGGCCCGAUCACGUUUCUACGUGCGACAGAACCCCGGCGAUUUCCGACCAGGUUAAACAGUUUUUAAAGAAUAAUCAGCACGUCGAGGGUAUGGCGGAUUUGCUAACCAAGCAGGAGAAGAUCCUGAAACAGCUGCAGGAGCUCCGGGGGCAAAUCGAGUCGAUCAAAGUAGACCUCAAAGUAGACCCCACCAAAACGAGUAAUCCCACUUUAAAUACCCCUAUUACAAACAAACAGGUAAUCGGGGAUAUAAGCGAUAUAGUGGUAAACGCCGAUCCUCUGUACCCACCAUACUCCUUAGAAAUUGUACAAAAAUUAAUCCACAACACGAUCAACUUACGAGUAACUUGUCACGUACACUCCUCUGUAUCGGAACUCCCUGAGAACGCUCGAGCACUCGAAGAGACUCUAUCGAACUACCAACACGAAGAUAAACUACCCGACCUCCACGUCAGGCUAAUAUGGAAAAACGUUGGCGUUGAUGCGGAAUUCGUAGUGACCCGGUAUACAUUAAGAGGAGAAGUGAAUCUCUUGAGGUAUGUGGGGCGAGUGGUGCCCUCUUUGCUCUCGUACGACUCCGAUCCGGAUAGCGUAGAGAUAGAUUCGAUUCUGGAUAUGUGUUACUUGUUUACGAGGACUAAAACGAAGACGGAGCGCUCCGGUUACGUUACUGCUUUGGGGAAACUGUUGGGAAAGGACUGGAUAGCCCACAGAGGAACAGUCAGCGUGGCUGAUCUAGCGGCUUACUCGGCCGUGAGGCAGCAUUUUAAACAAAAUGAGAUGCCUGCGAAAUUGACUAAGUGGUUCGAAAUGGUGGGAACUGUGAAUAUGUUAAGGCAUAAGGUUUAAUUUAAUAUUUGUGUUACUUUGAAAAAAUAUAUUUACGAUUUAUUUCAAGAAGGAA